AUGGUGAGUGAGCGGGGCCGAGCGGAGCGGGGCCGGGCCGGGCAGGAGCAGCCGCCCGUGCCCUGCCGGAGCCGCCGAGCCCCUCGACGGUCGCGUUGUCAGGGCGCGGAGCGGGGCCGGGCGGAGCGGGGCUGCCCUCGGCACCGGCACGCUGAAAGCCAUUCCCAGGCGGGCUCGAACAAGAUACACUUUAUACUGCUGUUCAGUCGGCAGGGGAAGUUAAGGCUUCAGAAAUGGUACACGACGCUACCUGAUAAAGAGAAGAAAAAGAUCAUUCGAGAAAUUAUUCAGAUUAUUUUGUCUCGCAAUCAAAAAACAAGUAGUUUUGUUGACUGGAAAGACCUCAAGCUUGUUUACAAAAGGUAUGCUAGUUUGUAUUUCUGCUGUGCAAUAGAAGACCAGGACAACGAGCUGCUGACACUAGAGGUCGUUCAUCGAUACGUGGAGCUCCUGGACAGAUACUUUGGAAAUGUGUGCGAGCUGGAUAUUAUCUUCAAUUUUGAAAAAGCUUAUUUUAUUCUUGAUGAGUUUAUAAUUGGUGGAGAAGUACAAGAGACUUCAAAGAAGACUGCAGUGAAAGCCAUAGAAGACUCUGACAUGUUGCAGGAGACAGUGGAAGAAUACAUGAACAAGCCUGCAUUUUAAUGUUAAACUACCUGGAGAGAAAACUGCUGUAUGCACCUCCAAAGUGCACUUCCUGAAAUUCUUCCCAAUGUGCCAGAUCUUCAGAGAAAUACCAAAAACCAAUAACUGAAGGGGUUUGUUUGUAUAAUGGUGAAGAUGAAGGUCAGCUAAUGUAGCAAAGGGUUUAACAAUUCUGUGCUUUGCAUUACUCUGUACAUGAGUUUCUCAGAGUUGUUAUUGCCCCAGUCUAGUUUCUCCUCUUGUUGCUGGACUCAACUCUUGUUUUGUACCACGUCUUUUAGCUACGGGUUUUGUCAUCACAAAAUGCUCCUCUGACAGUACUUUGAAGAGGUAUUUUUACUAGUUUUGUUCACUGCUGACUGUAUGACUCUACUUUUGUACAAAUGUCCAUUAUUUUGAAUGUAAUGGUUAUUCUGCUGUAAUAAUAAUUUUUUUCUAAA